AUGUCGCAGUCUGUAGCGACAACCGCUUUUUGCGUCUAUUGUGGCACUCCCACGAUGAUGACGAAACGCGAUAAGAUGCUCAAUAAUACGGCCGACACAGCGGAUACUGCGAUCCCAAGGCGGAAGUUAUUCAAUGACAUGGAAAUUAUCGACGAGAGCGACAUCAAAAUAAUGAAGAAGCUAACCGACAAGGAUCUGCUGGCACGGCGAAAUCCGCAGCACAGGAUUAGCCACCGGAUGCGUCGCGAAGGCAUCGUGCUCUCACAGUCGCGACGAACGGCAGCUGUGGGACAAAUCAUUACCAGAACCGCGCUGGUGUUCACCUCUUCGGCAGUGGUGGUUACACGGCAGCCCGGUCGGCGUCGCUUUCCUACGGGCGUUAAACCUCAGUAUUUAGCCUUCCACACGCGGUGA